AUGCAUAAACUUAUUUCCUGUCGUCGCGUAUGCAUUUGUGCUGCAUUCUGUCUUGUAUACAUUAUUCUGAUUGCAUAUGUGAACUUCCGACCGUUCUCGAUCGAUUUCUUCGAAGAAGAUAUUACGAGUUUUAUCCACUCUGAGUCUAUCGCUGAUCGUUUAGGCACGACACAUUCACAUCAAGGAUCGAUAAACGCAAUCAUCUGGACUUAUGAUGGAACAGGUCUGAUGAAAUAUAUCCAAUGGAUUUUAACGAGAAAACUAGGCAAUAUUAGAAUAACACAAUUCGAUGAUCAUUUUUGUAUUAGGAAACAAGACGUCUUUACUUUCAAUUCAACAAAUCAAUCGUUGAUUCAGAUUUACAUCCUGUCGCUUACCACUGAUCUGACGAAUCAAUCGAGAUGUAAAAGGACCGUUGAUCGGAUAAUCAGAGAUAAUACAACUCACAUUUAUUUCAAAAGAAAAUCGGUAGCAGCUACUGUCGUCUUUCACGAAUUAGAUAGUCGUAAACCGAGUUCUACUCUGAAUAUUUCACUUAUUGAAACGAAAAUACGCAAAACAGUAGAUAUCAACGAAUACUUUUCAAAGCAUUUCAUCAAUAAAACCUCCAUUCGAUGGAAAAUCAUCGAUUCAGAAGAAUUAAUUCAUGCAGAUUUAGUCCAAUGUGAAGCAUCUUUACUAAACUUCGUAUCGUUGUUCAAAUUUAACAUUGCAGAUUCAUUACUAGCAAACAUAAUCGAAUAUGAUUCGCAUCGAUUUAUCGAAGAUGCUGUCUGGUGGGACCGAUCUGAUGUAGCUGAACGUGUUUUAAACAUGUCGAUUCCACCUCGUCCAUCAAAUUUGACUUACGCCGAUGAUUUUUACUAUUUGCACGGUAGUCGUUCGUUUAUAGAAUAUUUAAUCGAUAAUCGACAAUGUUUUAUGCGUGGUACAUUCGCUCAAUUGCAAUCUGAGACACUUCCAAACCGGACGUCAACUGACAACAUUAACCGGUGUUCUCUAAAUGAAUUCGAUUGUGCAUUUAGUGAUAUCUAUUCUUUUGAAGAUCGUGAAAAGUUGUAUGUGCAAGCGAAUUACGAACCGAUCAAGUGCGCUUUUACGAUACCGUCGAUCUUUGACAUCGUUCGAAAACGUUAUGCCAGAAAUCACACAUGUGAAACGAUAGUUUUCACUUCGAUUAUCAAAUGUUACGAUCCUCUACCGAGAGUAGAGGGUAAAAGUCCGUCGUCUUUCUGUUAUGUUGCGAUCGUUGAUACACAAACGUAUAACGCAUUGAAACACUAUACCUCGUACUAUACAACCGCUCAUUGGGAUUUGAUUGAUGUCGGUAAAAAGGCGGCAUUGUUUGCGUCUCCCGCCAAAACCGUCGAAACAUUGAAAACUCUUGGUCAACGGAUGUUUCCAUUAGCAAAAUGGAUCGUUUGGAUGGAUGGCAAAGCACAUUUAAUAAACAUCGCUGAUAUCUUACGUAAAAGUGGGGUAUCGAUCUUGUCUGCUCGUCAUAGUGAACGUGAUCGAACGUCUGCCAUUGAAGUUAGAUAUACAAUCGAACGUAUUCGCGAUCGAGAAGGUUCGGUUUCACUUCGUUUCAAUCAAACAGUAUCGGAUAUAAAACGUCAAGAAGCCGAAUAUCAACGUGAUGGAUUCUAUUCACGUUCGGAUGCAAUGAAUCUUCGAAUGUAUGAUAUUGCAAUGUUUAUGCAUCGAAACAAUCAUCCGUGUAAUUUUCGUUAUCUAUGCGGUUGGCAUAAUGAAAUCAAUUACUUUGCAUAUCGCGGACAACUGUCUGUUUAUUAUGCAGCUGUUCGAAUGAAUAUCACAGAUCAUUUCGGAAUCAUACCGCGAAGCCAUUACCAUACAUACGCCCAUAUUGGAAUUUGUCGAGCAGUAUGA